UCAGCUGACUGCCAACAAGUGGAGUUUAUAACCAGCUCAGCACAAACUGAUCCUCAUCAGGAUUUUAUCCUGCCGUCACUGUUUUCACAAACCACACAAAUAGUUCACACAUUUCUGAGAAACCUAGCAGCUCAUCUUCUAGCUCGACGCCAUUUGAGAGAAGACGUUAACCUACCGCGGCUGUCUUCAGCUAGCCUGCCUAGCCUAGCCACAGCCACAGCGAGCACAUCCUGUCUGCACUACUCGAUGUAAAGUGAAGCCAUGGAGGGGGUUUUGUACAAAUGGACGAAUUACAUGACAGGCUGGCAGCCGCGCUGGUUCGUCUUAGAGAAUGGAGUCAUCUCCUAUUAUGACAGCGAGGACGACGUUGGCAAAGGAAGCAAAGGCUCCAUCAAGAUGUCUGUGUGUGACAUUAAAGUCCAUCCGACGGAUGUGACCCGUCUGGAGUUGAUAAUCCCCGGCGAGCAGCAUUUCUACGUGCGUGCCGUGAACGCCGCAGAGAGACAGAGGUGGCUGGUAGCUUUAGGGUCAUCUAAAGCAGGAACACUGGAGAGCCACAAACACAGAGGUCCAGACUGUCUGAAGACAAAGAUGUCUGAACUCCGUCUGUACUGUGACCUCCUUGUCCAGCAGGUCCAAACCAUCCAGUCACAGCACACUGCUGACCCUGAGACCCCGCCCACUUCUGAGGCCUCCCUCCUCAGUGCCACCUGUGCGACGUUCAUAAAGACUCUAGAGGAGUGUAUGAGCCUGGCUAACCAAAGCUUGACCCCUGACCUCCGACCUCCUGAAAGGAUGAAGAGGUCGAUCAGUCAUCCAGGAACAUACAGCUUUGACAGGUCAGGUGUAUUGAAGGAGUACAUGAGUGGAGGUCAAAGGUCGACGCAGCGCAGAAACAGGACAUGUUCAGACAGCUCCGUUUACGACACUGAACGUGUGCUGUCCAGCCUCAACGGCGACUCGUCCUCCAUUCCCGAGGAGAGAGGAGGCAGCGCGAGCCCAAAGACCACGCCCACCGACACAGACACCGACCUGUCCAUCUGAGGGACAUCUAAACCGUCCAUCUAAACCCUGGAACAAGAAACACACACCACAAGAUCAAUGUUACUGAUGUCAUCCCUCUAGGAACGUCAGCUAAUUAUUACAAACACGACUACUUGGGCUUCAUUAAGUAACUGUAAGUGUUUAAGUUGCACAGUAUACACUGGACAAAAGACAGCGACACAGUCCUAAGCUGGACUCUAAUUUUAGACAUGUGAGUGUAACAUAUUUGAUGCUAUAACCCUCCUGGGAUUAUGGUGGGGACGAGCAUGGUGACUCUGGACUAAGAUGAUUGUAUCAGGCAGCUCUCCGUGGCACAGUGGGAAUCCCUGUUGGAUAAAUGAGAUGCUUCAAUUGAAGCUGGGAAUAUACACAGAACGUUCAGUCUCGCUGCAGUCUGAAGCCAAAACCUUUUCCCAGAAACCGUGACGCUUUUCCUCAAAAACUCCAAACCUUUCUCUGGAAACUCGCCGUGAUUCUUGCGUGUUCUUCUUCCAGGCUGAAAGGCACAAAGAAGAACUCCGUCCCAGCCUCCUGCCAGGGCUUUGACGAGCCAGUAAGGAGGCCUGAAGCCAGUUUUAGUCUGUUACAGUAUCCACACUCAGCGCAAGUUUGCACAAACUUAAUUACAUACAUUAAAGCUGCCACCUUUCUGGAUCCAGCUUAUUCCACUCAUCAAGCGCAGUGUUAGAAAACUGGAAGGUGGAGGACUUUACUUUGAUCGGAAGCUCUUUCCUAGAGGAGGAAACAUGAAGACAAGUUUCAAAGACUCAAAGAUCAGAUCAGACGAAUGAAGUGACUGAAUUAAAGAUACUUGAUGGUGAAUGUAAGCUGAACAUUUAAAUUCAGAGUUUUCUCCAGUCGUCCACAUCAGAGCAGCUCUUCUUUGUCAUAAUGUGAAUGUGGGGAACCUUUGUAGAAACACCAUCACAUCUAGUCAGCUUCGUGAAGAUGGUGACCCUGAGAACAGAUGUUCAUACUGACAGUCACAUCGACGGAUUGGACAAGUGUUAUCUUGCUUUGUUUGUUUGUUUGUGUUGGUACAAACCACAUGCUUUGGCUAUUUGUGAAAUGUUGUGCACAGCUUUCACACCUUUUAUUUUGUUUCGAUUCAGGAAGUAAUCGACACAGUAUUUUUAGAAUGUAUAAGGUUGGUGUUCACAAUGCAAUUGAGACAAAACUCUGAUGCACCCUCAACGCGAUGCUUUUGCAAACACGCAGGAAAAUUGGAUUUUAUGAAAUCAGGAAAUAAAUCUUUGGUAGUGAGCGUGAGCAUAAAAAAGUGCACCCCUCUGAUAGAGAAGACAAGGCGGAGGAGACGUAUAUGACCCAUUCACCCCACGGGUUCUCUUCCACAGACGCUGUCAGGUAGUCGGGUCAACCUGUGGGUCACGUGUUCAAACUGACGAUGAAUUUAGACCAAGGAGCUCUUGCAAACUGAAACCACCCACUGAAACUGGUCUGAUCUUGGUUUAUUUGUCCCAGGACAGAGUGUGAACGCUGAUGAACCAACCUGGUGGGGAGAUUCUCCUGGUUGGAGAAUAUGAUGAGAGAUCAUCCGAACGAGGUUUUAAAAAGGCAACUGGACUUGUAGAAUUUCUUGAAGACGUUUCGCCACUCAUCUAAGUAGCUUCUUCAGUUCUGACAGACUAGAGGGAAGCUGAGGUUUAAAUAGGAAACUCUGUGGGUAAAACCCAUCAGAAACUUGCUGGACUUGUUUCCGUCAGAACCAAUCAUUGCUACGUACAUGGGGACCAGCACCUUUCAACUAGUGUGGGAGUAUGAGAGGAUCUCGAGGAAACUUGCAGACUACAGGAAUCACCUUCGUCUCGCACCAGUUUCUGGUUCUUAAAGAAACAAGUCAAGAUUCUGAUGGGUUUUACCCACAGAGUUUCCUAUUUAAACCUCAAAUUCCCACCAGUCUCUCAGAAAUAAAGAAUUUGCUUGGAUGAGGAGCGAAAUGUCUUCAAGAAACUAUAAAGUCCAGUUGCCUUUUUGAACGUGUUUUAGGUUAUCAUGACCUGGAUAACUGAGAACCUUUUUCAGAGCUGCCACAUGACAAAAAACAGUCUGAAGUUCUCAGGCAUCCAGAUCACAAGUGGCCAGCUUUAAGUACCUGUGUUCACUCCUGACAUGAAAGUGCGUCUCCACGUCAGCACUCAUGAGCUGAUCCCAGUUGUGUGCUCUGUAUGUACAAAGACACCGACAAUAUUUGGGGCACAUACAGCUUUCUAACAGCUGCUGUCUGUAAUGGAUCUCUACCUACCUUUGCGCCAGAAACACAGCCAUUUGUUGUUUGUGUGUCAUGACUGUCAUGAGAUGACACUUAUUUUGGAACAAGUGGUAAAUUCGGUCUUGUUGAAAGCUGUGAACUGUGAAGUUAUUAUUUAUUGAUUGAUCUGUUGUGUGUUUGAAGCAGUGGUCAGACGACUAUAACGACUCCACUUGAUCUCCUUUUACAUCAGCAGUUAACCGUAUUUGUAAUGACAGAAAUAUAAAAUGUACAUUUCUAUUCAGUUUCAUUUUUUAUUUAGUUAAUAGCUACAAGGACAAAAUAUUUUAAAAGUCCCUCUCUUCUCUCUGUUCAUUACUAUGAACAGACAUCACUUAUAGUGCUUUUUCCUUUUCAGAUGAUCAAUUAAUAAUGGUUGUGUUCAUGUGUUUUUUUUUUCUGAAUGAAUGACACAGGACUCUGCCUUCAAAAGAGCACCCCCGUAGAGUAAUUGGUCUUUAAUUUGACCCAGCACUACUAAAGGAAUGAGAUCAAAUGUAUCCCAGACUUCCUCCACAUUUUUGAUUUUGCUUUUAAUGCCAGGUGUGAACACAGGAACUUAAAGUGAUCAGAUUAAGGACAGAUCUUAAAAAAUUACAACAAAAAGCAGUUGGACACAUUAUAGGGUCCUUAACAUCAGUUUGUGUGGUGAGACAUCUUCCAUCUGAUGUGGAUGACUGAAAACACUUAAGCUGACUGACAUCUGCAAACUGAGCUCAGAUUUUGUGGAAUCCGGUUUCCAAAUCCCGUGUGAAGUCUUCACACUGUAAUGUAGUGACACACUUUACUAUUUAAACACAGCCGGAAGGUCUCACCUGAACUCAAAGCAAACAAAAGGUCCACAGCGACUGACACGGACUUUUACGACUAGAGCUGAUGAGUUGGCAGGAUCCUGUUUUUCUCAUUUACUGUAAACUAUAAACGCAUCCCAAAAUGAAGGUCCCCUCCCUACACUCAGCUUCAGCCACUGAUGCUAUGCUACGCUUUCUUUAGCUUUAGCAACCUGCUGAUUAGUUGUCCUGACACAGCUUCCUGAAAAGUUAUUAUUUUUAAAUUAAAUUCUAAAUGCUGAAUAGUGAAUCAAAACAGUUCCACCAAUAACCUUACAGUUCUCCUCCCUACACACACAGUUUGUAGAUGUUGCACCGACACUAGUUUUAGCAUUUUUUUUUAAUUAUUAUUUUUUUUAAUGGAUUCUAUUGAAAUAGUCCUUUUUGGAUAAUGAUGAUUGUGACUCUUAUUUAAAGGCCAUUGUGGAGCUGCGGCAGCUUUAAUUGUAACAGUACGUAACAUACAAGCCUUCCUUCACUCAUCCUUGUAUUACUUCUACCAAACUUAACCAGUGUUUUCUUAUCUAUGAACACAUUUUUCUUGACUUUCACGAAAUUACUGUGAGGAAAUGUUUUCUUAUCGAGAGCUGCAGACAGUUUGAAUUUCCCACACUUGUGGGCUUCACUUCCUGUUCCUGAUUUAUGUGCAACGGCAUGGUUAUUUUAAGGUUUCUGUGUUUCACGUUUGUUCGUAUUCCCAAUCUGACAAUAAGCCUUUUUUUUUUAAAUUUAUUUAUAUUUUUAAACAAAACUAAAAUGAAUCUGAGGUGGAAGAAGACUUAAGUUUUUCCACAGCUUUUAAAUGAGAUUGUGAUUUUAACAUCCUUCAUUUUCAUGUAGUCUCAACAGCAGCUUAAAAGUUCAUCUUGGGGAAACUGUUACGUGCUUUCCUUCAAGUUAGAAGACUGACAGCGCUCAUGUGUCUGUCCGUCAAAUAAUCUGUGACUGGGGUUUGCCUUUGUCUUGGGGGGAAUAAAAAGCAUAUAAGUUGUUAGUUAUACAGUUUUGGAGGUGCUGGUAGCCUGAUUUUGAUGUUUCCCCCCGGUUCUGGUGUUUUUGCUGAGCUAACCAUAGCUGCUCUUUAGCAUACAGACUUACAGGGCAUACAGAGAAUGGUGUCAGACUUUGAAAAAGUGAUUAUAAUUUUUAUAUUUUGCUGUUCAUUAUGGCCAAACCUGCAGAUUUUCAUGCCUUAAGUGUCUCUGCACAAAGUGACGUUCGUGGUUGUAUCGGGUCAGCCUUUCAUUGUCUAAAUAAAGAAAUAUUUGAAGUGAA